AUGUCAUCAAUGUCUAAAUAUGAUCAAGCGGGUUCGAAUUUGUUUACAACACAAGAUAAAGCGAUCGACGAACUUUUAAAGAACACUCAUGGAGAAAGUCAACCGUAUCCACAUCAAACUACAGUGAUAAAAAAAUCGAUCGAAACCGGAAACACAUUAAUUUGUUUGCCAUCUGGCACUGGUAAAACUUUUAUUUCUCUUUUAUUGGUGAAAUAUUAUUUGAUGAGAAAAAUGAAAUCACCAAAUGAGCAGAGUAAAUUUUUAGCAUUUUUUCUUGGACCAAAACGAACGAAACUUAAACAGAAGUUUGAAAUACUGAAACAAAUGAACGGUCUUCAAGUAAUAAUUGAUGCUGGAAAUAAUAAUGAUGUCAGCAAGUACAUAGAGAAAUAUGAAGUGAUUAUUACAACACCACAAAAACUACUUAAUAGUUUGGUAUCGAACGCAAUAUCAAACAAGAAUAUUGAUGUUAUAAUUUUUGAUCAAUGUCAUGAUGCUGUAGGAGAUAAUCCCUACUGUCAAAUAAUGAAAUUAUUAUCGAAUAAAGAUGAAAAGCAGCCAGUUAUUAUUGGUUUAACAGACACGAUCAGUAAGCACAAAGACUAG